AUGUCUGCUCCUGAUCCUUCGCCUUCUCCUGCCGCUGCCUCAGACGCGGCAAUCCACGUCGCCAUUGCAGACGAGAUCGAGGUCGCCGCCGCCGACGACACCCCUGAGCGCCAGACCCAGCCCGACGGGCCUGCAGAAGAGCUCGAGCAUGAGGACAAGGAGAAGCAGCAGCAGCAGCAGCAGCAGCCUCCGCUUGAGACGCCUCAGCCAGAUCCUGAUCCGCAGGGGCAGCAUGAUCCCCAGGGGCCGCACGCUGAGGACAGCGCCCGGCAUGCCAGCGCCCACGAGGCAUUGAACGGACAUGGUUCGGGCUCUGGGCAGGAAAAUGAUGAACUCAAGGGCCACGAUGGGACCCUCUGGCUUCUUGGCGCGAACACCAUCACCAUGAACAUUGCAACGGCUGCCCGUUGCGCCUGUCCCGAUCCCAUGGUCGCCCGUAUCCUAUUCUACACUUUCCCCAUGCGACUGCAGCUCCCGACUAUGGCAGAACGAAAAGGCUCCGAGGCCGGCUCAUCAAGGCAUGGCCAUUCAGUGCCACCCGCCUUCCCAACACAUAAUUCACCCAGAACAUGGGUCCUGACACAGGCUUUAUCGCCACUCGCCAUCAGGCUCAUCAGGUUGCUCCUGGCGCAUGGGGACUACGUUGUUGCGUGUCUCCCGCCGCAUGAGAUAGAGCACGAGGACCGGAGUGCCGAGUUCAGGGGCCUCAUCAACGAGUGCAAGAGCAACCGAAGGGACCGGGAGGGCUGGAAAGACCGGAUACGAGGCAUACGGUGCGAUGGCCGCUCCAUGGGGCAGUGUAGUGCGGCCAUCGCCGAGGCGGUCCAGGUGUUUGGCCGCGUAGAUAUCUUGCUGUGCUGCAAGUUUGAAUCUGUUGUCGGCACGGUCGAAGAGCUCUCGACAACGAGAGCAACACAAAACCUUGUCAGGGACCAAUUCGAAACAAUCUUUUUCUCCCAAGUCAAUUUCAUCAAGGCCGCGCUACCCCAACUCCGGGCCCAACAUACAGGACACAUCGUGAUCCUUACCAGUAUCGGUGGUCACAUCGGCACCCCUGGCAUGCCCACACAUACGGCGGCUACCUGGGCGUUGGAAGGGUUCUGUGACUCCCUGGCUUAUGAAAUCGCGCCUUUUAACAUCAAGGUGACGAUCGUGCAGCCAAACAAGGAGAUACAGUGCCUGAGCAACAAGAUCAUCCUGGCGCCGCAAGCGCCAUGGUACGAUAGCGAGAUCAACCCGGCGCCGUCUAUACGCGACAUGAUGAGCAAUGUGCUCAACACGGACCCAGAGACGGCAGUCGAGCCGUCGGACACGGAGAUCCUGCAUCGAUACCCGAAGUUGCCUGCCUCGGCUACGGAGAAGCUCGUCAUGGAGACGGUGCAUGCACUGACGGCCAUCGGGGGCCACGAGAACCCGCCGGCGAGGCACAUAGUUGGUUUUGAAGGAGCUUCUGCUGUGAAAGAGAAGCUCAAGACAGUCACAGAAGAGUUGGAGGACUUCGUCGAGGCGAGUGUGGCCGUCGACAUCUUUGAGAGCCAGCUGAAGGCCGAGGCCACGGAGGGGAGAGCCCACGAGGCACCUUUGCGGCCCGAAGCCGAGGGAAUGGAGGCCUUUGACUUUAUGUCAACUUAA